AUGGGGGACACAGCAGAUCCAGGCACCAGUUCCUAUAAUAAACUGCUCAGCCGAGAGGAUUCAAGCACAGAGCAUUCCUUCUCUUCUAACCAAGACCAACAACACGUGUCCAUGUCCAUGAUCAGAUCUGGACCCAACGUGAGACACUACCGACUGGCCGCUGUGAGUCUGGGGCUGCUUGCUGUUCUUCUGUUAACAGUGGAUAUUGGCCUGGGAGUUUAUUAUAACAAACUCACAGAUGGGAACUUAUAUCCAUACAGUGGUAUAACGCGCAUCACCAGCGAGCUGACAAAACUCAAGCUUACUUACAAGGUUACAACGGAAGCCGUGGCUGAAGCCAAGAAACUGGUGGCAAAGGAGAUCGCCCAGCAGGAACAGACGAAGUGGCAUUUAGAGCAACGGAAGAGGAGUGGCGAUGACUAUAAAGUGCAGAUGGACAAACUUCAGAGGGAGAUUGCAUCACUGCAAUCAACCAUCCCGCUGAUAAGGGAUGGCUGCAGACAUUGUUUACCUGGAUGGGUUUUUAUGAAUUCAAAGUGUUACUACUUCACUUUCUCGAACACAUUCACGCGCAGAUCAUGGCAAGAGGCCAGAGAUAACUGCAAGAGGCAAGGAGCUGAUUUGGCAGUCAUAGACAGCAUGGAGAAACAGUUGGCAGUAAGUGCGUUGCUAAAUGAUCGUGCACAAACAGGCCUCAUAGGUGGCUUCUGGAUUGGCCUGAAAGAUGACCAAGAGGAGGGGACUUGGAGAUGGCUAGAUGGGACGGUGCUGGCUGAGGGCUUCUGGAAUGAUGGAGAACCCAAUGAUUCUGGGCACAAUGAGGACUGUGCAGCCACGUAUCCCAGAGCCAACCCCGCCAAGUCCUGGAACGAUGCCCCGUGCCAACACACCUUAAAGUGGAUUUGUGAAAUGCCACCAUUGACUGUUAGUUAA